CUCGCCUGCUCUCUGUGCAGCUGAGCCGGAGGAAUGUGGUGCAGCCGCCUUCUGAGCUACCCCCUCUCGCAGGGGCAAUGCAGUUCCUACAGGGCAAGGACGGCCCUGGCCCAACUCAACCACGUCCUGGAGGCUGAGCUGGAGAGCAUCCGUGGCGCUGGUACCUGGAAGAGUGAGAGGGUUAUAACAUCAAAACAAGGGCCACACAUCCAUGUAGAAGGCAGCAGAGGAGAGAUCCUGAAUUUCUGUGCCAAUAACUAUCUAGGGCUCUCCAGCCACCCUGAGGUGAUCCACUCUGGACUAGAGGCCCUGGAGAAGUUCGGAGCUGGCCUCAGCUCUGUCCGUUUCAUCUGCGGGACUCAGAAUAUACACAAGAACCUGGAGGAGAAGAUCUCUCGUUUCCACCAGAGAGAAGACGCUAUCCUCUAUGCCAGCUGCUUUGAUGCCAAUGCUGGUAUCUUUGAGGCACUGCUGACCCCAGAAGAUGCAGUGCUGUCAGACGAACUGAAUCACGCCUCCAUCAUUGACGGGAUCCGCCUGUGCAAGGCCAAUAAAUACCGCUACAAGCACAUGGACAUGCAGGACCUGGAGGCCAAGCUGCAGGACGCACAGAAACACCGCCUGAGGCUGGUGGCUACUGAUGGUGCCUUUUCCAUGGAUGGUGACAUCGCCCCACUGAAGGAGAUCUGCAGCCUGGCCCAGAAAUACCAGGCCCUCGUCUUCAUCGAUGAGUGCCACGCCACUGGCUUCCUUGGGCCCAAUGGGCGGGGUACUGAUGAACUGCUGGGAGUAAUGGACCAGGUGGACAUUGUCAACUCAACGCUGGGGAAGGCACUUGGAGGAGCAGCAGGUGGCUACACAACUGGCCCCAAGGCCCUUAUCGACCUGCUGCGCCAGCGCUCCCGCCCGUACCUCUUCUCCAACAGCCUGCCUCCUGCCGUCGUGGGCUGCGCCUCCAAGGCCCUAGACCUGCUCAUGGAGAGCAACGCCAUCGCGCAGUCCAUGGUGGCCAAGACCAGGCGGUUCCGAAACAAGAUGGCUGCAGCUGGAUUCAGCAUCUCAGGGAACGAUCACCCCAUUUGCCCUGUGAUGCUGGGCGAGGCCCGGCUAGCGUCAGUGAUGGCUGAUGACAUGCUGGAGAGAGGCAUUUAUGUCAUCGGCUUCAGCUACCCCGUGGUCCCCAAGGGAAAGGCGCGGAUCCGGGUGCAGAUCUCAGCCGUCCACAGCGAGGACGACAUCGACCGCUGCGUGGAGGCCUUCACAGAGGUGGGGCAUAAACAUGGAGCGUUGCCCUGACGAGCCAGCUAGCAUAGGGGAUGUGAUGGGGCCUUUCUCAGCCUUUCCACAAGCAAGACCGUGCCUAGCCUGGGGAAGAACCAUAACCAGAGUGAUGCCCAGAAGAUAGUAGGAUGUUGAAGAUAAAGGGAUCCUGGCCUCUGGGAGGCGUUAGCCACCGUAGCGUUCACAGGGGUGGGGGCGAUGGUUUGGGAGCGGCUCUUCAUGUUACAACACGCAUUAAAGAUUCAGCCAAGACACAAAAUCGGCACAAA